CAGGAGGAGGGACCGCGAGGGGUGGGUCGCCGGCUCGCCAGCCCUCCAUCCUUUCUGUGCACCUUGCGGUAGGCAGGGAGCAGCAGCCGCGGCGGCAGCGAGGGGCUAGUGCACACCCAGCUAGGGAGACUUAGGGAACCACGGACGGACGGACGGACGGACGGAGAGGACCCUCCCCAGCGCCCCCCGAGCCAUGACCGAGAGAAAGCAAUCUGGGAAGGCGGCAGAGGAUGAAGAGGUCCCUGCCUUUUUUAAAAACCUGGGCUCGGGUAGUCCCAAGCCCCGGCAGAAAUUCUGCGGCAUGUUCUGCCCGGUGGAAGGGUCCUCGGAGAACAAGACCAUCGAUUUCGAUUCGCUUUCUGUGGGCCGGGGCUCGGGGCAGGUGGUGGCUCAGCAGCGGGAUGUCGCCCACUUGGGCCCGGACCCGCACCGGCAGAGCCGGCGUGGCAGCGGGGAGCCAUCUGUUGAAUCGGGCCGGAAGGUGGAGAUCCGGCGGGCCUCGGGCAAGGAAGCCCUGCAGAACAUCUACGAUCAGAGUGAUCGCCUUCUGAUCAAAGGUGGCAAGAUUGUGAAUGAUGACCAGUCCUUUUAUGCAGACAUAUACAUGGAAGAUGGCUUGAUCAAGCAAAUAGGAGAAAACCUGAUUGUGCCAGGAGGAGUGAAGACCAUUGAAGCCCAUUCCAGAAUGGUGAUCCCAGGAGGAAUCGACGUGCACACUCGCUUCCAGAUGCCUGACCAGGGAAUGACGUCAGCUGAUGACUUCUUCCAGGGAACCAAGGCAGCCCUGGCUGGGGGAACCACCAUGAUCAUUGACCAUGUUGUUCCUGAGCCCGGGACAAGCCUACUGGCCGCCUUUGAUCAAUGGAGGGAGUGGGCGGACAGCAAGUCCUGCUGUGACUAUUCUCUGCAUGUGGACAUCACCGAGUGGCACAAGGGUAUCCAGGAGGAGAUGGAAGCUCUGGUGAAGGACCAUGGGGUAAACUCCUUCCUCGUGUACAUGGCUUUCAAAGAUCGAUUCCAGCUGACAGAUUCCCAGAUCUAUGAAGUGCUGAGCGUGAUCCGGGAUAUCGGUGCCAUAGCUCAAGUCCACGCAGAGAAUGGUGACAUCAUUGCAGAGGAACAGCAGAGGAUCCUGGAUCUGGGCAUCACGGGCCCUGAGGGACAUGUGCUGAGCCGACCAGAGGAGGUUGAGGCUGAAGCUGUUAACCGCUCCAUCACCAUUGCCAAUCAGACCAACUGCCCCCUGUAUGUCACCAAAGUGAUGAGCAAGAGCGCGGCUGAUGUCAUCGCCCAGGCACGGAAGAAGGGGACUGUGGUGUAUGGUGAGCCCAUCACUGCCAGCUUGGGGACUGAUGGCUCUCAUUAUUGGAGUAAGAACUGGGCCAAGGCGGCUGCUUUUGUCACGUCCCCUCCCUUGAGCCCGGACCCAACCACUCCAGACGUUCUCAACUCCUUGCUGUCCUGUGGAGAUCUCCAGGUCACUGGCAGUGCCCACUGUACCUUCAACACUGCUCAGAAGGCUGUGGGGAAGGACAACUUCACCUUGAUUCCUGAGGGCACCAACGGCACAGAGGAGCGAAUGUCUGUCAUCUGGGACAAAGCUGUGGUCACUGGGAAGAUGGAUGAGAACCAGUUUGUGGCUGUGACCAGCACCAACGCAGCCAAAGUCUUCAACCUUUACCCCCGGAAAGGUCGCAUUGCAGUGGGAUCUGACGCAGACUUGGUCAUCUGGGACCCUGAUAGUGUGAAGACCAUCUCUGCCAAGACACACAACAGUGCUCUUGAGUACAACAUCUUUGAAGGCAUGGAGUGUCGUGGCUCCCCGCUGGUAGUCAUCAGCCAGGGCAAGAUUGUCUUGGAGGACGGUACGCUUCAUGUCACUGAAGGCUCAGGACGCUACAUCCCCCGGAAGCCCUUCCCUGACUUUGUGUACAAGCGCAUCAAGGCAAGGAGCAGGCUGGCCGAGCUGAGAGGGGUCCCUCGUGGCCUGUAUGAUGGACCAGUGUGUGAGGUGUCUGUGACACCCAAGACGGUCACUCCAGCCUCAUCAGCUAAGACGUCCCCUGCGAAGCAGCAGGCACCACCUGUUCGGAACCUGCACCAGUCUGGAUUCAGCUUGUCUGGUGCUCAGAUUGAUGACAACAUUCCCCGCCGCACCACUCAGCGCAUUGUGGCGCCCCCUGGUGGCCGUGCCAACAUCACCAGCCUGGGCUAAAGCCCCUAGGCCUGCAGGCCACAUGGGGACAGGGGAUGGGACACCCGAGGACAUUCUGAGACUUCCUUCCUUCCAUUUUUUUUUUUUUUUUAAAGAGCCUGUGAUAGUUGCUGUGGGCAGCCAGUUCCUGGGGCUUCCUCUUGGGCCCCCACACUCGGUCUCCCCUUGGAGUUUCUGAAUUCGCUCACCCAAGUCCCUACACAGUUAUGAACACACCCAAGCCUAGCCACCCACCCCACACGGAGUUGCAUCUAACACGCAGACAUGCGCCACCAAGCAGAUCCCAGCGAGGGUGGCUCCCAUACCCUCAGCUGUAGUCAGCACCUUCCUGUCCUGGGGAAGAUAUAGUGAAUUGCCCUGAGCUGCCUUCUUUUCUUUUUAAAAACGUUUUUAAAAAAGGGAUUUUCUUUGUGGGGCUGGGGAGGGGUGGGGGGUAGGAGAGGGUUUUGUUUUGUUUUGUUUUUUAAUACUAAAUUGAAAGCCUGAUUCAAUAUUAAUCCACGGGUCUUGAACUGGACAUCCUAAUGAUGCAAUUAUGUAACCAUUAAGCUGAUCCGAGGCUGGCAGGCUACUGCUGCCGCUGUGGAGAGGCCCCAUUUGUCUUCAUCGCCAUCCCUUACUCUUCCGGGUCAGCUGUUGAGAAGAGGCAGGUUUUCUUUACUGGCCUAGAUUUUUGCGACAGAUUAGACCUUUUGAGGGUUCUCGUCACUAUUUUCCUGCAUCUUCUGUUUGUCCUGUCUUUUUCUCUCGUACUCAUGGAGAGUGAGUUGGUGUUGGUUUCUUGCUUCAUGUUUCCUCAACAGUGUUCUUUUCUCCUUACUGGCAGUCUGCUCUUAAGACCAGGCAUCCCAAUUUGGCCUCAGGCGUAGCCGGAGAAGACCCUGGUUUUGCACCCACCACCAUACUUUUGUGAUAUCCUGGUUUCUGUUAAGAUUGGUGCUAUCCAAUUCCCAUCACUAGAUGUCUGAGUUUGAGGCUUGCCAGACACAAGGAUGGCCCGGAUUAUGUCACCAAUAUUAUCACCUGUGGGCCCAGAAUAGGCGUCACGUGUGCUGGAAAGACGAGGAAGAAGUAGGCUGUAGAAAUGACAAAGUUUCUGGUCAAGUCAGUAAAUGUAGUCCCCAAGCCUACAUGAGCCCACCAAGCUGGGGCCAGUGCCCUAUGGGGGGAAUUCUACCGGCUUUUCACAGGGGAUUCUAGAACACUGGGACUCUCUCUCUCUCCCUCCCUCCCUCUCUCUCUCUGUGUGUGGGGGGAACAUUUCUUUUUUCUGUCCAGUUACUUCAGAAGGUCUAACAUGAUGUGGAAAGUCUUUAUAAGAGUAGAAAUCUUGGGGAUAAUUAGACUUACGCCUGCUUUACAAGAGGAGAAACCCUGUCUUAGGAAAUAAUAUCUCAUGGAAAGAACACUGUACAAAUUGAAUGCUUAGCCCUCUUAGAGACCAUGUCACCUCAUGUCUGUCCCCCUUCCUUUUCCUGUCAUAGCAACAGGUUUUCACUAGCGGGCUUCUUUCCGUGUUUGCUGACUUCUGUCAUAUUUCUUUCCAAAUGUGUUUACAGGUCUGUGUAAGCAGUGUUAGGUCCACAGGCCUUUACGACUCCAAUCUGCUAUGUAAAAAGCAGGGCCUCAGAAAACUGAUACUUUUAGUGUCCACACAUUUUGCCUUUGGGAUUAAUGGUUGGGGUUUUGGUUUGUUAAUUUUUGUUAUUUUAAAGGUAAAUUGCACUUUUAAAAAUUGGUUGACUUAAUAUAUUUUCUUUUUUUUUCCUUACCUGCACUUAGAGAGGAAAUUUGAACGAGUUGGAAAACACAUUAUUAUUUUGUUUGUUUGUUUGUUUGGAUUCUGAGAAACACUUGCAGCUCUUCAGUAUUCACUCGUCUUCCUGCUGUCUCUUGUACAGGGCUGGGGCCCUCUUGUUUGUUUUAGGUCAUUUUCUUAAAAACCAAACUGAACCGAACAGUUUCAAACCUGAAGAUUCCUGCAGUCCGUGUAAGCAUGUUUACCCGUCGGCUCGCUCGCUUUCUGUGUCUGUUAAAUGAAUGUCAUGUAAAUGCUAAAAUAAGUCAACAGUGUCUCAGAACUGAAUAACUGCAGUGACUUGAUGCUCUAAAUCAAUGUAGGAUUUACUGCUAGAUGGUUUUUAACCCUUGAACUUGUGAUUGUGACCCAUGAGGGGGGGGACCUUUCAGUGCUAAAGCUGAUCAUGUGUGUAGCCAGAAAGGUACUUUUUUUUGUUUUUGUUUUUAAUUUUUUUUUGUUUUAUUUUUUUGUAACCACUGUCUUAAUGGCAAAAUAAUUAUGGUAAAAUACAAGUCUCGUGUUUAUUAUUCCUUAAGAAGAAGUCUGUGUUAUAUUACCACUGAACACCCAAUAAAGCAGAAUGUGGUUGUUUCAGAA